UUUUACAAGAAACACCUAGAAAAAAGUUUCUAAAAAUACCUAGUACUCAACAGAAAAAAAUGGAAAGUAGCCGGAGGUCUAAAUCAGCUAAGGCAGGUCCAAAAUUGGAGAGGAAGUAUGUGGAGAAACAUAGAAGGAUUUAUAUGAAGUAUCUCAUUAACCAGCUGUAUUCCAUGAUCCCUGCUCAUGCCUCUACGUCUAAGGACACAGUGGCAGUGCCUGAUAAAGUACAUGCAGCAGAGAAGUACAUAGCUACCUUAGGUAAGAAAUUGGAGAAGAAGAAGAAGCACUUGGAACAAUUGAAAAUGGGCACAAAGAAAACUAAGUCACCCCCUCAGAUCAAAUUCCAUGAAAUGGGCCCAAAAAUGGUCGUGGUUCUGAUAACUGGCCUUGAUAAUUUAGCCACUUUUAAUAACAUCAUUCGAUUAUGCCAUGAGGAAGGUGUUGAAGUUGUGUAUACCAGCUUUCAACUCAAUGGAAACUCUACACUGCAAAUUUCUCGUGAAACUAAGGUAAUGAUGGUAUUAUAAGGGUAUGUUUGGUAACAAUGGAAAAUAUUUUUUUGGGGAAACAUUCUAAAGUUGGAGCUUGGACAUAUUGAUCCUGUUGAUAUUUGAAAAAAAAAAAAAGUAGUAUUUGUAGUAAAGUUGAAAAAGGGCAUAUGUUUCAUAAUCAACUGCAAGUUAAGCUGCUAUAGCUCUUACCAACAACCCUGUUAUAUAAAGUUGUCUUUUUGCAUGAAAUUUGU